GAGGGUGUCAAUGCUGCUUCUGAAUUCAAAUCGCGGUAGUGUUGGAGUGGACGAAUGAAAUGGACCGGUCAAGUUUAUUAAUAUAAUCGGAAUCAACCAAAUAAUUAUCGGUGAUUCGAGGUAGAAAUAUUUGUUUAUUCAAAUGCUGUGCUAAUAAUCAAAGAUCUUUCAAAGCAAAUAGAAGCAACAGCGUGAAGCCAGACCAGUGUGGAGAAUAUUAGGCCCUUGCUUAAAACAAACGAAAAUCAUGCCAAGGCGAGCGAGUGUAUUCGCAUGUUUUGGAUGUGGAGCGGGGCAACCCGAGAUACAGUAUGAACCAGAAAAAGAUGGUCUACAGCCAGUGGAACUUCCUCUCCCUAUGCCCGAUGAAAAUGAGCUGAAUCUGAAGUUCUCAGAGAUUGUGGAUGAAUUGGAUUUGACUGCCGUUCACAGGAAGGCAAUGUUUGAAUUAUCAGCAGAGAAAAAAUGGCAGAUCUAUUGUUCACGGAGGAAGGGUCAACAAGAAAGCACAACUGCUUGGCCUGAUUAUUAUGUUGAUCAGCUAAAGAAUAUGAGUAACGUACUUUUCACAGUUGACGAUGAGGAACAAGAAAGUCGUGCUAAGUUCUUGGAAGAAGUCAAAACAGCACUCAGAACACAGCCCAUGAGUUUUGUUCUUGGGUUUCUUGAGCUCGAUGGCCUACAGUGUUUGAUAGACAUCCUUGCAGGCAUGGACUGGGAAACAUGCCAAAGUGCCAUUCACACCGCCUGUAUUGGGUGUCUCAAGGCCCUCAUGAAUAAUUCACAUGGUCGAUCUCAGGUAUUGGCACAUACAACAUGUAUAAAUAUCAUUGCCCAGAGCCUGAUCACAGAAAAUAUAAAAACCAAAGUUGCAGUUCUUGAGAUUCUUGGAGCAUGCUGCCUGGUUCCUGGUGGGCACAAAAAAGUAAUGGAUGCAAUGGCUCAUUUUCAGCAGUUUGCAGAAGAGCGAACAAGGUUCCAGACCCUUGUCAAUGACCUGGAUAGAAGCACUGGUAUAUACAAGGAUGAAUUCAAUUUAAAAAUCGCAAUCAUGUCAUUUAUAAAUGCUGCACUAAGAUACGGAGCUGGGGCUGAUCAUAUAGAGUUUCGAAUCCAUUUGAGGUUCGAAUUUCUGAUGCUGGGUCUACAGUCUGUCAUGGAAAAACUACGUAAACUUGAAAACGUCACAUUGGACAGGCAUUUAGAUUUCUUUGACAUGAUCAGAUCAGAGGAUGAAAACGAGCUCGCUAAAAGAUAUGGAGUGCCACAAAUCGACGCUAAAAGUGCAAGCAGCAUGCUUGAUGUCCUGAAACAGAAGAUUGGUCACACGACUUGCUAUGCACACCUGCUUUCAAUUCUGCAGCAUUUAUUGCUUUUGCCGUCUGACAAAAAGAAAGGUGCUAUGGAGUAUUGGAGAAUCCUCGACAGAAUAAUUCAAGAAAUAGUUUUACAGCAAGACGGCGCUACAAACCCUGACGUGAAGCCAGUCGAUUUGCACGUCAAGUACAUCGUGGAGCGAAUGACUAUGGACGACUUCAAAGAUGACAGUGGUGCAAAGUUAGCGAAACGAGAGCAAGAAGCGAAUGAGCUUAGGCAAACAGUGGACAAAAUGGCAGACAAACUGGAGAAGGAAUCAAAAACUAACGAAGAAUUAAACAGGAGAAUCGAAGAGCUCAACGCUCAAGUGAAUGACCUAAACAACAAGUUGAAUCUUGAGUCAGUGAACCGUCUGAGACUUGAAGAAAUCGUGAAACAAGUUGGAUCAUCGAUACCCGAUGACGCAAAAAUAUCAAAUCUACAAAGCAUGGGGGCAAUGAUCGUGCAACCAUUACCGCCGUCACCGCCCCCUGCUCCAGUUUCGACAACUCAAAACAUUCCUAACAGUAUACCGCCGCCAGCGCCUGCUCCUCCUCCGCCACUUUUUGGAGGACCUGGUGCUCCACCGCCUCCACCUCCAGUUGGUGGUGGAGGGGAUGGAUUUUUCGGAAGGCGAAAGAAUAAGCUCCCAAAACCGGCGAAUCCAUUGAAAUCUUUCAAUUGGGCUAAAAUACCCGAUCAAAAAAUUAAAGGCACUCUGUGGACGGAAAUUGAUGAUUCAGAGAUAAUUCGACAACUGGAUUUCGGAGAGAUCGAUGUAACGUUUUCAGCAUUCCAAAAGAAGGAGAAGGAGCAAGAAGACGAAGAGGAUUUCACGAAAAAGGUUGUUGUCGUGCAACCAAAGGAGCUCUCCUUUCUCGACAAUCGGCGGGCACAGAACUGUCAGAUUCUGUUGUCAAAAAUUAGACUUCCAAAUGAAGAAAUUGUCGAUGCUAUUCUUUCGAUGGAUUCUGAUGAAAAGCUGUCAAAAGACAUGCUGGAGCAAAUGCUUAAGUUUGUGCCUUCCCCAGAUGAGCAAAAUUUGCUGAAUGGACACGGUGACCAACUGGACCUGUUCGCGAGGUCGGAUCGAUUUUUAUAUGAAAUGAGCAGGAUCCCGCACUAUGAACAAAGACUCAAGGCAUUGCUUUAUAAAAAGUCAUUCACUGAUCGAAUGGCUGAACUGAGACCACAAAUUCAAGCUGUGGUGAAAGCAUGUAAAGAACUCUCGAGAAGUAAAAAGCUGCGAAGCCUUUUUCAGAUUGUCUUAGUUCUUGGAAACUAUAUGAACAGGGGUCAGAGGGGUAACGCUGCAGGUUUCAGGCUGACAAGUCUCAACAAAAUAAUUGAUACAAAAUCAAGCGUCGAUAGAAAAAUAACUUUAUUUCAUUAUCUCUUGGACUUAUUGGAACGAAAGUUCAGUGACGUGUUCAAGUUAGAAAACGACCUUCCUGACGUACGCAUGGCAGCUAAAGUCAGUAUAGCGGACAUUCAGAAAGAAGUAAAUCAUUUAAAGUCUGGCUUGAGAGACGUAGAAAAGGAACUUGAGCUUCAGCAAAGGAAAAAAGAACGACUACCAAACGAUCGUUUUGUGGAAGUCAUGACAAGUUUCGUUAAAUUGACUAAUUUCUCUGUUAAAGAGUGCGAAGAGGAAUUUAAUGAAAUGAAAGAAAAGUUUGAAAAGACAGUUGUGUUCUUCGGCGAAGAUCCUAAGCAAGUAACUAUGGAUGAAUUCUUUGGCAUUUUCGACUCGUUCUUGCUUUCUUUUUCGGAAGUAAAAGGAGAAAAUGUUGCCAUGAGGAAGAAAAGAGAAGAAGAAGAGAGAAAGGCAAGAGAAUUAGCUGAGCAACGAGAAAGAGAGCGACAUAGAGUCGCUGCGAAGAAAUUAAUGAAUGAGAAUGGACCACCCGAAGAGCGACGAAAAUCGAUUUCGGAAAGAAGUCCCGGCGAAUUUGAUGAUUUGAUUUCAGCAUUACGGACAGGAGAUGUAUUUGGUGACGAAAUGAAUAAAUUCAAAGGUAGAAAAAGGGUUGGGAAGAGUGGUAGAACUGGACUGAAAAUGAGUGCAAUUAAAAGGGAAAGAGAAGAAAAACCCGACCUGCAGCUGUAAAUCUAACGGGACUAAUGUUUCCAGGGAGGAAAUGUUUCCGGGAUGGAAUUGUUUCCAAGAAGAAAAUGGUAGGCCAGCUUAUGACAUGAGCUCAGGUGUUUGCAAAGCUUGACCUCUCUGCCUCGCUUCCAGAAUCAUUGAUUCCUGGCGUAAACUGCAGUCACUGGUCGGGUUUUAUAGAAGGUAGAAAUCUCUGUUGUGACAUCAUUUCGAAUCUGUAGUACGAAAAGGCAACAAUGUCGUCAUGUCCAAAAAAGAAUGUGACAGGGACGUCGCAAAUUCCUUGCCCUUUUUUCGAUGAAAAGGGAGACAAAGAAAGAUUAACUGUUUGGUAUUCUCCGUAAAAGUAAGUGUUUGUAGAGUUGAAGCAGGACGUAACAAUCAAGGGAGAUAGAAGUUGCUACUUGACAAUAUUUAGAAUUUCUUACCAUUGGCUAAGUAACACACGUCAUCAUUAUAUAUGCGGCUGGUUCUCUACAGUUUCCUAAAUUUUCGACACCGCGUAAUUCAAGUUUCGACAACAUGCAUCGUAAUUCAAGUUUCGACGGCGUUCAUGUACCAUGUAUAGUAUCGAUCAUUAUAAUCUUUUCAUUAUCUUACACUGAUAAAAGGAACAUGGUUGCGCAGCCUCUAUACUUAGUGGUCAUCACUUAAGUGGACUUUUAUGUAAUUGUAUGUUCAAUAAGCAAAAUGUUUUCUGCAGCCAAAUAACAGAACUAAAAGAUACUUUUCUAGCUGCAGUGUAAAGUACUCAGUAAUGUGAAUUUUUUAUCGUGUUAAUCAGUUAAUCAGAAAGUAAGCUUAAGCCGUAAAUUGCAAAUUCAGAAAUUAUGUAAAUAUGCGUGUUAAAUGCCAAACGGGGGCCAUUAUCUCCAAAUGAUGUAGGAAAUAUUCUAGCUUUAUAUAUUUAUAGUCUCGAGGCAUAUCAUGUUUUCAUGUAUGUUUUGAAGAAAAGCAGUGGCAUAAUAGUCUGAUUAAUUAUAUAUAUAUGUAUUUAGUUAGUCAGUAUCACACUAAUUAUGUAAAUUUAUUACGCAAAUAUUAAUUAUGUCAGACAAAUUUGUCAAAUAAUCUACAAUGUGUUCUAUGUAAAAUAACUUUCGAAUUAAUUUUUUCGGUAUUCAGUUUUUUAUUAGUUCAGCUAACAUUCCUGGUUCUGCUAUUCAAUAAUUUUAGCCGAUAGAUCUUCGUUUUUCUCAAGUAUUCUGAAAUCUGCUAAGUUAAACAGCGACUGCAGGAUAUUUAAUAUCUAACAUUAACUGGAUAUUUAUGCAAUUCUCUGUUAUUAACAUUUCACAUUUAAUAGAAAAAUGCUGAAAAUGAGACACAAAUAUUCGAGUUGAGGCCAA